AUGGCUCGCAGCAACCUCCGCGUCGGUCUCAACAAGGGCCACCCCACUACCGCCAUCCCCAAGACUGUCCGUCCCAGCCAGCGCAAGGGCAUCCAGUCCCAGCGCACGAAGUUCGUGCGCUCUGUCGUCCGGGAGGUUGCGGGCUUCUCGCCCUAUGAGCGUCGGGUUAUGGAGUUGCUGAGGAACUCCAAGGACAAGAAGGCGCGUAAGCUCACGAAGAAGCGGCUGGGCACCCUCCUUCGCUCGAAGCGCAAGCUCGAAGAGCUCGGCACCAUCAUCCAGGAGAGCAGGAGAGCGCACUAA